AGGAUUGAUAAACAACAAUAAUUAAUAACCUUAUUUUAAUGUUUAUCAUUUAUUGCUACCACAGAUUCUGAAUCAGAAGAUCAAAGUAAAGAGCUUGAAAAACAAGGAAGUAGAAAGAAAAAAGUGUGUGAUCAUUCUGGGGAUAAAGGAGCAGAUUCUGAUGCAUCUGGAGAUACUGAAGGACCAGAAAACGAGGAAGACAUGGUAGAAGAGCUGUUUGACCUUGGUGAGGAAGCAGAGCAGCAGCAGCAGCAGCGUGAGGAACAAGAAGCUCUCAGACUACACCGUUUAAAUGAAACACUGCAGUCCACUUCUAACUUACGUAAUAUCAUGGAUGAAGAAGCUGAAAGGGAAUGUGAAAAUGCACAGCAUUUCACCUGCACUCUUUGUGCACUGUUACCCUCACUGCUGGCCAUUCGUAGCACCAUCGAGGUUGAUCAAGCCAUUCUUGAGUUUUCAUCCAAAUAUUGUGAAGGAGUGUUCACUGCCACCACCCAAGAGGACACUCACCAGGUGAUCAUUAAUGCAGAUGGAAUAUAUCUGGCAACUUACUCUGUGCUUUCGCUCAACCUGCAGCUCAUUCGUGGUGGAAACUAUUGUGACCCAAGUUUGCCAGCACCCAUGAAUCAGGAACAGUUUGUAGAUCUGGUGCAUGGAAGUGGUGUAUUGGUCUAUCUCUCGUCUGCGUGGCUCGGCGAGGUUUAUCGUCAGGUCACAAAAGAUAGUUUUCUUCAGAGGGCUGGCUAUACUCCUCACUCACCUCAUAACUGUGCUCUCAUCAAUUUACUAACAGGUAAUAAAGCUUGACAUAUUCAUGGUGUUCAUAUAUAAUAAACUAUAGUAUUGAAUUCAUAUUAACACUAGUCUCUCGAUAUUGGUUACAUACUUUUUUUUAUUAUACUUUCCUGAGUCACCUAGGGAUGUUUUUGUUGAAUGUUCCUCUUUUAGAAAAUUGUUUACACUUGCACAUUUUUAUACAUCUUAUCUCAUAUAUGUUUACUAUCAUUCCACUUAAACUUGUUUAGCUAUUCUCACAUUAUUCUUUUUCUCUACAAAUGUUGUAUUUACAAUAUGAGUUUCCAGCUUUUCCAAUAUAUUUAUUCAUCAACAUAUGGCCACUGGAAUUAAGGCACACUGUCUUAGGUAAAGUUUACUGCUGCUACAGGUCCACAACCCUUUAUCCAAAAUUAUGAAAUUGGAAGAGUUCUGAAAACUGAAGUUUUUCCAUGAAGUAUGGAGCCUCGGUCAUCUCAGUGCUGGGUCACGCUGCCAUGUGGCAGUGUUGAGAAUCAUUCUGAACUUUGAAAAAUUCUG